GGGUGGGAGGCCGCCCGGAGACCCGGAUGGAAACCUGGCGCGGUCGGGGCGGAGGGUGCGGCGGGAGAGCGCGUCUCUCCGCGCUACGCGGGUUCUGCUCAGGGUUCCGACCCGAGGUUCCGACGCCCCCAACUGGGCAGCAGGCUGAGCGGGGUGCAGAACUGAAGCCUCGCCGUGACCUGCUCUGCCCAGGGUCGAGCGGAGCCCCGUCGCCCGCGCCCCGUCACGCGCGGCCCCCAGUACGCGGCCCCCAGGGCCGAGCUGCGCGUGCGCCCCGCGCCGCCGCCGCAGGAUGUUGUGAUUGCUAAGUACACGAAGGAGCAAGUGAAAGCUGUGAGUUUCUCAACACAAGAAAGCCUCUUAGGCGAUAGUAGAGGUUCCAAACACCGUUGGCACUAUCAUCACCUCACUUGACAAAAGGCUGAAGCUCAACUCUUUGAACUUCAAAAUCAUGAAUCUUCUGUCUUAAAUGGGCUCAUAUAGCAGCACAAUUCCGCAGCAUCAUUGGAAUACUGCCUGAGCGUUUUUGUGUGCCAUGUCGAAGAAACGUAAAUGGGAUGAUGACUAUGUACGUUACUGGUUCACCUGUACGACGGAAGUCGAUGGAACUCAGCGUCCGCAGUGUGUGUUGUGUAACUCCGUAUUUUCAAAUGCUGAUCUCAGACCAUCAAAACUGUCAGACCAUUUUAACAGACAGCAUGGUGGCGUGGGUGGACAUGACCUCAACAGCCUGAAGCACGUGCCAGCCCCGUCUGACCAGAGUGAAACGUUGAAAGCAUUUGGAGUUGCAUCUCAUGAGGAUGCCUUAUUGCAGGCAUCAUAUCAGUUUGCAUAUUUAUGUGCCAAAGAGAAGAAUCCUCACACAAUAGCUGAAAAAUUAGUGAAACCUUGUGCGUUGGAAAUAGCUCAAAUAGUUUUGGGACCAGAUGCACAAAAGAAGCUUCAGCAGGUACCCUUAUCAGAUGAUGUGAUCCACUCCAGAAUUGAUGAAAUGAGCCAGGACAUCUUACAGCAAGUUCUAGAAGAUAUCAAAGCCAGUCCUCUUAAAGUGGGUAUUCAGCUUGCUGAGACCACAGACAUGGACGACUGCAGCCAGCUAAUAGCAUUUGUGCGAUACAUAAAAGAAAGAGAGAUCAUAGAAGAAUUCCUGUUCUGUGAACCCUUGCAGUUAACAGUGAAAGGAGUAGAUGUGUUCCACCUCUUCAGAGAUUUCUUUGUGAAACAUAAGAUAGCACUUGAUGUAUGUGGCUCAGUGUGCACUGAUGGGGCCUCCUCUAUGCUAGGAGAAAAUUCAGAGUUUGUUGCUCAUGUGAAGAAAGAGGUUCCACACGUCGUGAUCACUCAUUGUUUAUUGAACCCCCAUGAACUGGUCACAAAGACAUUGCCUGUGAAACUGAGGGAAGCCCUGUUUACUGUGGUUAGGGUGGUCAAUUUCAUCAAAGGGCGGGCACCCAACCAUCGCCUGUUUCAGGCCUUUUUUGAAGAAAUUGGAAUCGAGUAUAGUGUUCUCCUUUUCCACACUGAAAGGAGGUGGCUUUCCCGGGGCCAAAUACUGACUCAUAUUUUUGAAAUGUAUGAAGAAAUAAAUCAGUUUCUUCACCACCAAAGCAGUAAUUUAGUUGAUAGCUUUGAAAAUAAAGAGUUUAAACUUCAUCUAGCAUACCUUGCAGAUUUGUUCAAACACCUCAAUGAACUCAGUGCAUCUAUGCAAAGGACUGGCAUGAACACAGUAUCAGCCAGAGAGAAGUUGUCUGCUUUUGUCAGGAAGUUUCCAUUCUGGCUAAAACGAAUUGAGAAAAAAAAUUUUACCAACUUUCCUUUUCUUGAAGAAAUCAUUGUUUCAGAUCACGAGGCAGUCUGCGUGGCAACGGAAAUAACCCUGCAUCUGCAACGGUUAAGCAGCUUCUUCCACGGGUAUUUUUCCGUGGGAGAUCUUGAUGAGGCAAGUAAAUGGAUAUUGGACCCAUUCCUGUUUAAUCUGGAUUUUGUUGAUGAUGGUUAUUUAAUGAAAAAUGAUCUUGCUGAAUUGCGAGCUAGCGGCCAAAUCCUAAUGGAAUUUGAGACGAUGAAGCUGGAGGAUUUCUGGUGUGCUCAGUUCACAGUGUUUCCAAGCCUGGCAAAGACAGCUCUAGAAAUCCUUAUGCCAUUUGCAACCACUUACCUUUGUGAGUUGGGAUUUUCAUCCCUUUUACAUUUUAAAACAAAAUCUAGAAGCGGCUUUAAUAUGAGCGAUGACAUCCGUGUGGCUAUUUCAAAAAAAGUUCCUCGUUUCUCAGACAUCAUUGAACAAAAGUCACAGCUACAGCAGAAGUCACUGUGAGCUGAUAGGCUUUCUUAAUGUAUAAUGUUUAAUAUAUGCCUAAUCCCAUUGUAAAACUAAGCUAUCACUCUGUCUCUUUCCUUUUCUAUUUAUGGUAUACUGAAUCCUGUGUUUUAAAACUAUAGCUUUUAAUGUGGCAUGUGAAAAUAUGUUUUGAGAAUAGUACAUACACAGCAAGAAAGAUGAAGUACCACAGCUACUUGAUACAUAGGGUUUUUCUCAUUCUGGGUGUCUGUUUAACUUGUCGGUACAAUAUGUAAAAGAUGCACCAGCACCGAAAUAUGCAGGUUAAUGGUCCAAUAGGCUAGGAAUGAAGCCAAGAGAAAGGGGAAGACUCCCAGAGGAUGCAGAUUCGUAUUAAGAGUGAAAGUAAACACAAGGACAGACCCAGCCCUCCCAUUUUCAAGAGGUUGUCAUGGGGAGAUUAAUGAAAUCAAAAGAGAUUAUGAAAUGUUAUGGUGGGAGAAGGGAUGAUUCUAGUGUUUGUAUGACUUAUUUUUAGAUGUAUUCUUUGGAGUUAGUCUCACAAUGUCUGUUCUUCUAGCUCCCAUUGUCUAAAUACCAGAACAUUAAUAAAUAUCCUAACAUCCUAUCAGCCCCUCCUUGUCUUCUUUUAAAUUACAUCAUCGAGGAUGCUACAUAGCAGAU